AAUUAAGUUCCUGCACUCAUCUGAUUACCUCCUGUUCAACAAGACAACUAUAACGGGCUCUACUCAAGUCAGGUUAUUUGCUGGCUCUGUGCAGAUAAUGGAUACACUGGCCGAGAUUCAGGAACGCCAUGACGCUGUUAGAGAUUUAGAGAAGAAACUCCUUAACCUGCAACAGGUGUUUCUCGAUAUGGCCGUGCUGGUGGAUGCACAUGGAGAGAUGUUAGACAACAUAGAGAACAUGGUCUCGAGCGUUGUGGAUCAUGUUCAAUCCCAGAACAACAACCUAGCAAAGGCAGUAAAAAACCAGAAGAGUUCAAGGAAAUGGAUGUGCAUUGCCAUCCUUAUUCUUCUUAUCAUCAUUAUCAUUACUGUUAUCUCUGUUCUCAAACCAUGGACACAGAAAAAUGGUGGUGCCUAAGGUUCUCUUCUCUCUCCCUGCUUCAGGAGCUUUUGUAUACAACAGUAUAUAUGCAUAUGUGUAUUCAUCACAUCUCAUACUAUUGACCUUCCACUAUCACUAUGAAAAUGAUGUAUUCUUUUGACCAGAUUAAUGAAUUAACUAUUUUCAGUGAA